CGCCGCGCACUCGUCUUCGAGCGCGGGCACGCGGCCCCAGAGCCCGCGCCCUCUCCCCGCGGUCCCUCCGAUCCCGGCCGCGGGGAGCUUUGCGAUUUAACUCGGGACCCGAACGGAUGUGACACCAUAUUUUUAAAGAUCCGGGGUCCCCAAGGUGCCGCGCCCCUGGCCCGCGUCCCCGCCAUGGAGGUGCUGCGGCGCUCCUCGGUCCUCGCCGCGGAGAUCAUGGACGCCUUUGACCGCUCGCCCAGCGACAAGGAGCUGGUGGCCCAGGCCAAGGCGCUGGGCCGGGAGUUCGUGCACGCGCGGCUGCUGCGCGCCGGCCUGGCCUGGACCGCGCCCGAGCGCGCCGCUCCCGCCCCCGGGGGCCGCCUGGCCGAGGUGUGCGCGGUGCUGCUGCGCCUGGGGGAUGAGCUGGAGCUGAUCCGGCCCAGCGUCUACCGCAACGUGGCGCGCCAGCUGAACAUCUCCCUGCAGUCCGAGAGCGUGGUGACUGACGCCUUCCUGGCGGUGGCAUCUCAGAUCUUCUCUGGAGGCAUCACAUGGGGCAAGGUGGUGUCGCUGUACUCCGUGGCCGCAGGGCUGGCGGUGGACUGUGUGCGGCAGGCCCAGCCCGCCCUGGUCCACGCGCUCGUCGACUGCCUCGGGGAGUUCGUGCGCAAGACCCUGGCGCCCUGGCUGCGGAGGCGCGGAGGAUGGACCGACGUCCUCAAGUGUGUGGUGAGCACGGAGCCCGGCUUCCGCUCGCACUGGCUGGUGGCCGCGCUCUGCAGCUUCGGCCGCUUCCUGAAGGCCGCCUUCCUCGUGCUGCUGCCAGAGAGAUGAGCGGCCGGAGCGCGCUCGGGCUGAAGCCAGGCCCCCCGAGCCCGGGGCCCCGCGCACGGCCUCGGCCUCCUCGCCCGGCCUGGGAGUGCGCCGGCCGUCGGGGCCCCACCUCGGGGCUGGAGGCCCUGCCCUGAGCCCACGUCCCCAGGCCCCGGCCUUCGGAACCGCUUGUCCCGUUCCUGGAGCCAGAAGUCAAGGUUUCUCCCGGGUCCAAAGGGCAGGGCGUGGGGAACACCAGGCAUCCCCCCCACCCCCGCAUGCCCGGGGCCCCUCCGGGAAGCGCCCACGGCAGGGCGGAGUGGGCUCGGGCCUCGCGGGGCAGAAGGGGACGCUGGCCUGGCCCGGGCGGCAGGAGCUGUGGGAUCUCAGCGAGCUCGCCCGCAGCACACGGGGCCCACACACCAGCUGCUUAAUCCGCUCUGGCGGGGCAACGUGUCCCCUCCCGGCGGGUCCCUGUGUGGCAGGGACAGGCCGGCAACGCACGCACCCGAACCAGGUUGGUGUGUGCGGGUCCCGCUAGGGUCAUGUCCGCUGCCUGGGCCUGUCCUGGGCACUGCCAGGGCCGGGACGGCACGCCAUCCCCCAGGACGAGCACAAGCACAGACGUGGCCCGGCGUCCCCCCAGGGCCUGCUGCCUCACGGCCACACGCACGUCACGCUCGAGCCUGCAGGGCGGGAGGCAGGUUCUGUGCCGACCGCAGUUCCCACUCCCUUCCUGGGCUGCCCCGCUCAGGCCGGGGGCGUGGUGGGUCGGGUGCGGGGCCGUGCCCCUUCCCGGGUGACGCAUCGGGGUCCUGCCCUCGCACCCAGCCUCACAGCCCAGCAGGGACCCCGACCACCAGGCUGUCAUCAGCUCCUGGCCCCCCGCCACCCCGUGCCCUCACCAGCAGGGACGACAUGGGUCGGUGCACCACCCGCACGAGUGCAAGCCUGGGUGACAACACACUCGGCGCCUUCUGCCCCGGGGCCGUGAGCACAAGCCAGAACCGCCACGGUCCGGAGCCGAAACCCGAAGACAACUCUCCCUGAGUCCGUUUAUAAACUUAGUGCCCUCCCUGUAAACUCAGCGCAGUGGGGUUUUUCUGGAUCUAAACAAACUGAUCAUAAAAGUUCAUGGAAGGAGAUUCUUUUAAAAAAGCAAAGAAUAGCCAGGAAGAACCUGGAAAGGGGAGGUGAGGGGGGCCCGGGCGCUGGGCCACGCGAGCCCCGGCCAGACGCGGCGGCGGCCUGCUGACACGUACAGGCAGACGGCCGGUCACUGCGCUCACGGACGCGGGCCGGGCGAUCCCCGCGGCGCGCCCGCGGUGGGGGCCGUCCUCCGUAGCCGGGGAGUGGGCCGGACUCCUGCGGAGGAUUCAUCGUUCAGCCACAAUAAAAGACAGAACACGUACUGGAUCGAAAUGUUUAUCACAUUCAACAUUUUUCGAAAAUGUUUUGACUUGAGACAGAACAGGCGCGGUCGCCAGGCUGGGCCUGGCUGAGCCUCGCGGGUCACGGGUCUCCUGGGCGACAGCGUUUGGGGGGGGACACAGGUGACGGUCGCACAACACUGUGAACAUACCGAAAGCCACUGGACUGUACACUAGCUCUUACACACUUUAUGAUGGUGAAAAUGGUGAACUUUAUGUCGUAACAGUGCAUUGUACCUCAAUAAAAAAGCUGUAACCGAACAUUAAGAA